CCCGCCAAAAAGGCAGCAAAGAAAACAGGGAGGAAGAAGAAGAAAAGAGAGGCAAGAAGACGGAAGCCCAUUGACCCACGCUACCCCACUGAAUCGUUGUAGUUACGAAGUUACCUAGAAGAACAGAGCGGGACGUGUCGGGAAAACUUGGGUUUGCCAGCCAUGUAAGUAAUAAUAAAUAUUAUUAUAACAAUUCCGAAUCCUUAACAAAACACUCGGUUUUAGAGCUAAUGUGGCUUUGCUACAGAGCCCGCUAGUAAUCGGUAUCGAUGCUAGUUCAAUGUGUUUGUGAAACUCUGUUUGCUACCAAACAUUUUAGUCCCAACUGCGUUAGGUUUACUUUACUGUGUCAUUGAAUAAACCUUAUUUAUUCCGAACCGUAAAGUUCCGCUCGGUAUUUUAUGCAAUAGUACAUCGAUAGUAUAAAUAAUAUCCAGCUUACAGCAUCUGUUUUCCUUCUCUUUAUUAUCAACUUAGAGCUGUAUUAAAAUGAACAUUAUUAUGAGGUGUGAAUCUUAAUCAAAUAUCUUCACUAUGAAUGCUGAUAUAUUCCUCUUGGGGAGAUAAAGCAUGCACAAUAGAGCUGGAGACAGCGGUGUAGCGACUCUUCUUCUUCUACUUCUACUUCUGUUUGUGCGACAGAGCCAUCUACUGGAUCAAUGUAAAACACUAAUACAACAUUUAGUCAAAUUAGAGAUUAUGUGUAUUAACCCUAGAACACUAUCGCUAAAAUUAGUAACACCAUCACUAUCGCCGAGUGAGUGAAUUUACCCUGAAAUAAUAUACCCAAGAAAAGCACUCGUCAUAUAUCAAAAUAGGACGAUAGAUGACAAACUAAAGUAAGUUUUAUUUUAUUUUAUCUGUGCAAUGUCCAAAGGGAGAGGGAAAAAGUGUCAUGAGGGGACCAUAAAAAUGCAACAAAAUAACAGAAAUUAGGCAUUCAUUAACAAACGAUUUCUUAAAAAAAUUAAGAAACUGUAAACUUAGUGUCUUUGACACCCAUUCCUGGGGCAUGUGAGUCUUCUCUCGUGAAGACUCAGGGUCCUUGACACAAUAACAGCUGCAGGAGAGAGAACCAAAAUAUGGCAUAUUUUGAGUGAGUAAAAAUGACUAAAAUAUUUCUUAUCACUUUAUGAAUUCACUACUUUGUGAUAGUUAUUCAUAACCACUGCACUAAAUAAAGAUAGCAUGCAAAUUCCAGGACCACUCUUACUGACCCUAUUCGCCUACAUGCAUCUAUCAAAUCCACUCAAACCUACUUCACCCUCUAUCACUAUUGCCGGGUGAAAAUCAGCUGAACAUGACUGUAGGAAAAAGCACGUUUUGAAUCAGGGAAACAAAUAUGCCUUCAAAGAUGUCAAAGGAAAUGCUGAAGCUACCCAGGGACCCAUGAAACUCAGACAAAUGCAACAUAAUGAAAAUCACGUAAACAUGUUUGGUCGGGUGAUAGUGUUCUAGGGUUAAACCAAAACACCUAUUCUGUUUUAAAGAUUUACUCCAGCCGAAUAGUGAGUCAAACUAAAGUUUAAAGUUGUCCAUUUCUUCUGUCUUUCCACUUCUUUUUCAUUCUCUGUAUCUUCUUCUAAAUCCUCCAUCAUCUUUUUCUUUCUUCAGUAUGCUUAGAUAAUAAAUCACAAAACAAGGAAAUGUGAAUGUGGGCCAAGCUAUCCCACCAGGUCUUCUCUAAGAGCUCCACACCCAAGUCCUACCCCCAUGCAGUUUUGUGUUAUCCAAGAUAUCUUUUUCAAUCCCUGUGUUUGGAUAGCAGGCUCAAGUUUCUGUAAAACAGUAUAAAACACCUGCACACACUGUUGAAACAUAAAAAGUUGCUGAAUGCUUAACCUAUUUUUUAGUGGUAAGCUAAAUUAGUCAUAGAAAGAUAGAAUAAUUCCACUGAAUUGUCAUUUAUUAUCCAGAAGAGGUGAAUGGAGGUGUGCAUUUCUGUGGACAGUGUGCUCUAUGUCUGGAUUUUCUCAUUUUCUUACACAUACAAGAAAGAAAUAUGGAUAACUAAUUUAUUCAAAUACAAAUCAAAUCUGCAAAAGUUUGAUGGUUUGUAUGGGAGAUUUUUUUUAGCUAUUACUUGACAAAAUACUUUUUGUUGCUGCGGAACCCUGAGGAUUUUCCUUAUGGCCCUCUUUGUAGCUAUAGUCCUUCAGUAUGAGUAAUAGUCAAGUCUAAAUUGAUAGAUUUAAGUAAAUAAAAGUUUUACUUCAAAGUUGCAAUGGCAUACUCUGUCAUAAGUUUCAGCAUAACAUUGUUAACACAGUGAAAUGUUCUGAAACAAAUAUGUAUGAUUAUCAUCACAGGAAACCUGACAUCGUUCUGUUUUUCCAAACGUAACUGUAACAUCAUCUGAAAAAAAAUGUGAAGGCAAAACUUAAUAUCAUUACUGUUAAAUGUUACUGUAGCUAACAUUGCAUUAGUAACAUUGACGUUUACUUGGGGCCAUUUUCAGAGGCUUAAGCAAAUAUUCAUUAAACUUAUCCUUCUUAGGUACCUUUCUCUCAUCCUUUUCUCUCGCCCUUUACUCUGCUCUUUGAUCUCUUUGCCACCAGUAUCAAGUGAGGCGCACAGGAAGUUCAGACUCCAGUGUUGGUUUUUCAAAAUUAUGUUAUUUGCGCAUUUCAUGAGUACAAUUCCACAUUUAUUGUUCAUAGAUAUGCAGACAGAAAAGGGCUGAGCUCUGGUGUUGCAUCAUGCACAACAGCACAUAUUCGAAUGCCAAUGCCUGAUACACCACAGUGUUGCGGUUUUCCGAAAAUGGACACCGUCAAGUGUGACGUCAACAGUAAACUGUGGCGCCCAGCACUACUUAAUGGCCCUGUCACCUGCAAUAUGAUGUUGUUUAAGUUAGCAUUAAAACAUUACUGUGUGUACUCUUACAAUUUAAAUCCAAAUAUUGUUAUAUCAAAAAUUUUGCAACAUAUAUGUCAUACCAAUACCAUCUUGCUUUGAAAUCAAACUAAUUUAUUUUAAAAAAUGAAUAAAAUUGCUGUUUUCUUUUUCUAGGAGUCUGUUAACAAAGCCCAAGUCGGAGAUGACCCCAGAGGAGCUCCAGAAAAGAGAGGAAGAGGAAUUCAACACAGGCCCUCUGUCUGUACUUACCCAGUCUGUGAAGAACAACACUCAGGUCCUCAUCAACUGUCGAAACAACAAAAAGCUGUUGGGAAGAGUCAAGGCUUUUGACAGGUUAGUUUUGACAGCUUAGUUACUGACUUAAAGUGAAGUGCCAGACAAGGUUGUAAUACACAUGGAGGUGAUGGCAUAAAUUUGUCAUACUGGAUUUCCCAACCUACUUUUUCUGCCUGGGAGAUGUAUAAUUUUACUGUAACUUUAGCUGGGAGGGAGAAGGAUUGGAAAUUUGACAUCACCUCCUCUUUUAACAACACUUGUAGUAUACGAUUUUAUAUGAUACCACAUGUUUUCUUUGAGAAAGAAAAUGUGAUGUUAGCACUUCAUCCAUGAACCUUUUUCGAUCAUUUUCCUCCCCUCGAUGCAGGCACUGCAACAUGGUCCUAGAGAACGUGAAGGAGAUGUGGACAGAAGUGCCAAAGAGUGGAAAGGGAAAGAAGAAGUCCAAGCCAGUGAACAAGGACCGCUACAUAUCUAAAAUGUUCCUGAGGGGUGACUCUGUCAUCAUUGUGCUGAGAAAUCCUUUGAUUACGGGCAAAUAAAGCCUUUUUUUGUCUGCUUUUCUUUAAUAGUUCCAUUGAACUGUAUUGUGGAGGUUUUUUUUUGGUUUUCAUUGGUACAUUAAAAGUGAUGACGAGAUUUUUGAAACAAGCUUUGAAAUUUGUUUAUCAUUUUUACAGGAUAUGUCUUUAAAAUGUUAUUACCUUAGUUUAAAAUGUACCCCAUUAAUAAAAGUGGUUCUACUUUUACACAAACAUUUUUAUCAUGGGUUUAUUAUUUUUCGUUAUUCUUCUGAUCUGUUCGAUCUGUUUUAUGUGUAAUGUAUCAACAUUAAGUAUGACAAACCAGUCUUUUGUCAUUUUUUAAAGUAUAAAAAUAAAAAAAAGACUUCGUAGAAAAUUGUCCUUGACAGCCUUCUCUGCUGUUUUACCACCAUCACCUCUUCAUUCAGCUGUUGUUCUUUUCGAACUCCCUCGAUACCAUCUCAAUGUCUGGCUUAAAAUUCUGCUCCCGCUGCUGCAAAGCCCCUUCAGACCAACUUGUCUGUUGUCUUAGUAACUCUUAUUUUCUCACUAAUAACUUGUGCCCAGCUCCUGCCCUUUACCAUUGAGUAAAAACAUUUUUUCUGUAUUUCAGUAUUGUUAUAUUGUUAUUGAGAUUAAUGACAUCAAAACUUCAAUCCAAGUGUUUGGAUCCUAUUCUGUUCGGUUGGAGUCCUUUUUGACUGUCAAAGUAUACAGUGCAUGCCACGCCCAAAUCUUGUUGCUAAAAUACGACAGACUUGUGUUUUGAAAUUUGAUACAUCAUACCUGAAGUAUUAACCACAGCUAUGAUGUGAUUUGUGUGUGGGUAUGGCUGACUUACAGGUUCUAAAUGGGCUUCCUGGGUCAGGAGGAGUUGGCUGCUGGGACAUCAAUCUGUGACUUGUAAAUGCAGUGAACCUAUCACAUUCAUGAGAAACUGACUUCUACCAAAGAGAUCAUGUUGCUUUAUUUGGAAAACUUUUGGACAGUCAGCCUAAAGGAUCAAGGAAAUGGUAUCUAACUGCAACAUACUUUUCUUGAGUUUAAAUGUUGCAAUAGACUCAAUGUGUCCAUUUUAAUUGUAUUUUUAAUGACCAGAAAACAAUUUAUGUAAUACCUGUUAAAACAUUUAAAUAUAGAAAUUCAUUCAUUUGCUCAGGAACACUGAAGUGGCGACAUUUGAAAGGUCUUAUUGACCACCCUGCAUAGUCUUCAUGUAGAUGGCUGUGGCUCGGUGAUGGAGUCAGUGUCCUCUCAAUUGUAAGGUCGAGAGUUCAAUCUAAGGUACGUUGUCCACAUGAUUAUCUGAACUGACUGGAUCUACUGAGAAGAAUAUUCCAUGGUUUAUGAAUCCAUAUUGUAUAAAUUUAAUCAAGUCAGGACACUGGAUGGUUUUCUGUUCUCCGUAAAAUAUCAACACAAAUUAUCAAUGAGGCUAAUAACAAUGUGUAAUGUAAUGUAAUGUAAUGUGCUUCUCUUAAUGCACUUCAUGUACAGAAUCUGUGAAAAUGAAUUUCCCAGAAGGGACAACUAACUAACUAACAAACUAACUAAACAGGAACUCUGAGCAUAUCCACAGUCACCAAGUAGUCGUCCACUCUGUUGCCCUCUCUCAAUCUGAGUGCACAAUGAAGAGUUUAAAAAAAUCCUUGAAUAAUGUGUUUCUCUUUCCAAUGAGCAACAAUGUUUGAAAACUCUAAAUUGGGACUGCAUACAGCCUGAGCAUUGAUGGAAAACCAGUUCUUCUGGUUUCUGUACUCCUCAGCUUCAAGAGUUGAUGGACACUUGAUUUCAACAUGACAUCCAUCUAUACAGCCAAUCAGUUCCCAUAUUUGUGGAGUCGCACUUUAUAGUUGGCUUGCUCAGUGGCACCAGGGAACUUAUCGUACAGAUUUCUCAGUUCACAAACGGCACUGCAGACAUUGCAAACUCUUCUACACAUGGUUGCUUCACUGACACCACACAGAUCUCCAGUUUUAUGGUGAAAGGUUCCAGAUGCCAAGAAUCUCAGUGAUCAGAACUUGGAGAGGACUGGGUACAGGCCAUUAUCUUUGACACAUGGAGGAAAGUAAUUAUCUCUUGUGCAUCUUCUUUGUACAAACAAAAGCGGUUUCGGAAAGUUAUUUCAUCAAACUGAUUAAUUGGAUUACCCCUAUCCACAAGUAUUUGUCUGACUGGCCUCUGUUGCCAAUAUUGGUCCUCAUUUAGAUAUUCCAAAUACUCUUUGCUCCCAAACCAUCUGUGCUCCCUUUCACAAAGAGUAUAAAGCCGAAGUUAAACCUGCCUCUUUGUAGGAUUAAUAUGAACUUCAAUUUAGUCCUAGAGUAGCUCUAAUCCACCCUCUUGCAAUUGGCUUUGUUUAAUCCACAACAGACUGAAUCUAUGACUAAGAUAAAUCGGUGCGAGUGAUUUAAAGUUAAACCCACUCAAACAGCAUUUUAGUCUGGGACUAGGACCCAAAUAAUGAAAAUAAGAAAAUGUUGUGCAGUUUUUAUUUAAUAAGUAUAUUACACUGAGGAAAAAUAUCUAUUAUGUUAGCAAAUGUAUCAUUAAAACGUUUGAAAAUUGAUUCUCUCCCUCCUUAUAAUUUAUCUUGUCAUGUUUUUGUGUUUUUAAUUUAUACAUACAUAUACUUUUUUUUUCGUUUUCUCUAUUGCUUUUAUCCUGCUGUUUUUACUCUGUAAACUGUCCUUGAGUGUCCAGAACAUUCUCUUGUAUAAUAUGAAUGGACCUCUGAAGUGGACUUGAAGAAAUUCCAGAAAGGUCCAGGUAGAUCAUGAUAGCCUACAAGUGGACAUAUUUAUACUUGGGCCUGACCGAUUUAUCGGCGAGCGAAUUAAAUCGGCCAAUUUUAGCCCAUUUGAUACUAAACGGUAAUCGGCCAAAACUCUUAUUUAUAAUAUAAUAUUUUCAGAAAUAAAAUGCGGAGAAUAAGAUUCGGUUUCACUUCGAAAAUGUUCCGCCAUUUGAAAAGAUCCCCCGACUUAUCCUGUAGAUGGCGUGAAGAGCAGUAGCCUACAGUAUAUCUACAGUAUAUAGUAUACUGUAGAUAUCUAUAGUAUAUUUAAUUUUUAGAACUUCAUAAAAAUGUAAAAAAAUCGGCCGAUUAUUCGGUAAUCGGAUUUUCCCCCCUCCCCAACAAUCGAUGUCUGUCGGCCCUAAUUUAUACAGAACUCACAUGUUUGAAAUUUGUUCAAAUUAGAAAUUGAUAAAAGUUUAUAUUUUUUAACUAGAGGAACAGAUGAGUCACAGCUUUCAGAAAAACUAAUCAGUCUUAAGAAUGUUUUUUUUUAAUUAACAAAAUCUUGUUUAAAUACGUGGGACAGGUUGCUGCCCACACAGUAUUACAGUUUAUAAGAUAUGGAUGAAUUAAACUAUAAUAAAAGGUUAAAAUACAACAGUGAUUUAUCAAUGAUCCAACUCUACUUAAAAUAUCUCUUGUAAUUUUUUAUCAUUUCUAUUACAAAAUAUAAUGAAAUUUUAUGUAUUUGAUUUAUUUAUACCUUGUUUCACUCUAUUUUAAAAUAAUGAUAUCGACGAUGCUGUUGGUUUAACCCUGGCCCAAACCAGCUACAGACCCAGAAUAUGGUUAUGUACGAUGCGAACGUAAACGCACCAUGGGAUUAAGCCUACUUUGAAGCUGGCGCGUUGGGCCAAACUCCAAUGAAUUUAUACCAUAUAGACAGACCGACAGAGCGGACGAACGACAGUGCGAGCGGAAAAGUCUAGAGCAGACACUCGGCUUCAACUCGAAGAGUGCGAAUAGACGUGUAUAUUCUGGAUUAUCUUUACUUCUCCACGUCUUCGCCUCUUUAGCUUGUAGAAACCAAUGUGUAUUAGUGAUCGGAGUUGACAAGCCCGCUCCACCACCACCACCACUGUAUCUGUUGUCUAACCCCCCUCCCCCUCUUCCAUUGCUCCACCACAACCAGGAAAUCGUCGAGGUGCACUCCUUCAUACUACUGGUGGCUGUGUCGAUGCGUGUUAUUCGCCGAAAUUUGUCCGUGUUUAUUUCAGUACACUGACUUUUAAAGUCGGGCUUGAGCUCUGAAGUCAGCUAAACUUGUCUACGAGGAGAGGAUCUCCACUCCGGCGAACAAUGAGGUGGGUAAAGUAGCGUAAAUCCCUUCAUCUUCAUUGUGUUUCCAGGCUACAUUUUGUGUUCCGGCCACUCGUUUCACAAAACCGACUAAUCAGUUGUGACUUAUAGAUGUGUCUCGAACUUCUGCCGAGAAGAUAAAUCACUACAACUGUUGUAUACAUCCCUAUAAAUAAUACAAAAAACGGUUUAUCUUCUUAGUUACACAGGUUGCACAUGAAUCGUUGUACCGGGUUUGGCACGUUUUAGGGAAAAAAAAAAAACUUG